AUGCCGUGCGUCGAGCUGCGCACGGUGCCCGUCUUCGGCUCCCGCGAUCGGCCGUGGUACAGCCUCCUCGCCUUCGGCGUGGCGGCGAUCGUCCUCGCCGCGAGUGGCUUGCUCUGUGUCUGGCUCUGCCUGGUCGGCUUGUUCGCAGAGCCCCGCACCGUCUUGGAGAUCGCGGCGGACGAGGACACCUUCCUCACGCCGCCGGCGCGGCAAGGGCUGUCUCCGGCGACCCUGCCAAUGGGACGAGUGUAG